GUCAAGAAGUUUGAAUUCGAGGGAUGUUAUUAAAGAAAUAUUAGAAAUGUCAAAAGCUGAAAUAAAGUGGAAAAAUAUGAUGUCUUAUGCAAAUACUAACCAUUCAACAAUAAGAAUGACUGUAAAGGAAUUCAGAGAAAAUAUAAGUAGCUUUGAUCUUUUACAGCACUUACAGCUAAUCAUGAGUUUAAAAGACCUUAAUCAAGAGAUAUCCAUUGAUGAUGAAAUUCUAGUGGAAGAUUUUUCUUUCAUCCAGCAUGUUAUCAGCAUUAUUCAAUCCAACACAUUUUCCAAGCGUGAUUUGGCAAAUUUAUUUGGUUGGUUUGUUCUUAGAGACAUAUACGUUCUUAUUCCAGGUGUUUUUAAGAAAUAUGCAGAAAGAACUAAUUUUUCAGCACAGGAGAAAGCAAAUGCAACAAAGAAUAUGUGCUUUGAACAUGUUAAAGAUGUUUAUGAGUGUAGCUUAGAGUAUUUAUUUGUGAAGAAUUCUUCUCAAUUUCACAAAUCUGGAAUCGCAGAGAGUCACACAUUAAUUAGAAAUGUAAAAUCUUCUUUCAGAAAAAUAAUUGAAUCCUCAAGUUGGCUCGAUACUGCUACCAAGCAAGCAGCAUUACUUAAAUUAGAUAAUAUGCAAGUUAUUGCUGGGUUUGAAAAUCAUUUAAACAAUAAAACACAGUUUGAUAUCCUGUAUGAAAACUUUCCUCCUGUAUCUAAUAGAUCACUUUUAGAAACAUUUACAAGUAUUAAAACAUACUUAUUUUCUACGAUGGUCCAUGGUCUCAAAAGAUCUAAUAACGAAACGGACUGGGUUUUACCAAGACCUGUUACAGACGUUAGUGCCUAUUAUGUUGUUCAAAAGAACAUUCUAGCUCUUCCGUUAUCAAUGUAUCAUCCACCAUUCUAUUAUUCUGGCGGUCCAUGGUUUCUGAACUUUGGCGCUAUCGGCUCGAUAAUUGGCCAUGAAUUGAUGCACGGAUUUGACAGUAAGGGUUGUCGUAGAGGUAAAAGAGGCAGUUUAGAAGACUGGUGGUCUAAUUCUUCUGUAAAAAUAUACAAUGAGCGCACGCAGUGCUUUAAAGAGCAGCAUAUUUCUUCCAAAAACUUAAGUAUCGACCAAGAAGCAAGGCUCCGGACUUUAGAUGAAAAUGUAGCUGAUUCUGAGGGGUUAAAAAUGGCUUUUUUAGCUUACAAGCAGCAUAAAGAAAAAGAAUAUGGGCUAGCCAGAAAAAGUCGUUUUUUUAGAAAAUAUACCUCGGAUCAAAUGUUUUUUAUUUCUUUUGCAUCUGUUUGGUGCUCAAAAAUUAGUCCUGAUAUGAGAAUUGUAUUAUCCAAGAGCAGCCAUAAUUACCCUGAACUGAGAGUUAAUGGAGCUGUUUCGAAUUCCGAAUUUUUUGCCUCAACAUUUCAUUGUCCAAAGGGCUCUCCAAUGAAUCCUCAUCGAAAAUGCUCUAUAUGGUAGUUAGUUUCGCCACUUCCUAGGUGAUCCCAACUGUGGUUUUCUACUUAAUUCAAAAAUAUAGUUCAGUAUCUGGAUUAGGAGUGACUAAUAUGUGUUAUUAAGAUCGAUUUUAUAUGCUAACAAUCUGGCUCGAUACUUUUGCAAUUUUUUUGUUUAGUUGCAGGACGAAAAUAUUUUUACAAUACUGGUUUCACAGUCAGUUUGACCUUGUGGAGUGUGAUGACUUAAAAAGAUUGAUCACUAAAGCUGGUUUUAAAGAUUUUCAAUGUUGGAGAACACUUUAUUCUUGGUUAAGAAAGUGCAUAUGUAUUAUAGUCAAACCUCGUUAACAGGAACAUGAUGGGAACUGUUCCAUCAUGUUCCUGUUAACG